AUGCGACGAAAUAGUAGAAUAUUUCUCAUCUUGCUAAGUUUCACAUUUGCAUUGCUACUAAUAGUGUUUGGCUUUGAUUCAUACAAGAAACCACCCCAGUAUCACAAGCUACCAAGGAUCAACUACCAUCAUAAUGGUAAAAACGUGAUAUUCCCCGCUAGUUUCCAACAGGGGGACGUGAAAGUGUUUUAUCUAGAUAAGCUUGGCGAGCUGCCGUCUCCCCACGAUUCCAUAUUCAAGAACCCCAUCAAGGGGUUGCAUAUCCCCGAUGUGGAGUACCAUAGCCACCAAGUUCAAAUUUACGAGUCUGCGCGCGCGAUAGACAGCGGCGGAAGGGUAUGUCAGGAGACGAGUCGGACUAUAAAUGUCCAAGUAAGUGAUGUCGAGAAUAGGAACAUUGAUUUGUAUCGCGUAUUGACGAAAUUCAUGAGGGAGAAUGGCGACUAUUAUCGAGAGUUGAAGGAUCUCCUUCCCGAUUUAGCAGAACAGCUCAGACUCAAGACGGUGCACAAGUACUGGUUUCAGUUGAUUGGCAGCUCGGUUUGGCUUGAGCAAUAUGGAGUUCACUUGAUGACCACGAGGAUUUUUUACACUCCUUUUGAAAGUAAAGUGAAACCGGUGUUUUCCUUUAUAUAUGUGCAAGUGUUUGAUCAACAUUGGCAAGAACUCGAUAAUGUUGAGCUUGUUAUCCCAACGGCGGAAAAUGAAAGUGGCUUCAAAAUUGUGCGAUAUCCGGGUUUUGCUCCUGUGCCAGCCUACCACAACUACAAGCAGCAAUCGGGCCGGUUCUACGGUGCAGAAGAUCAACGGCUUGUGUUGGUGCACAACUCGAUGGGGUUUGCUGAGCCCGUAAUUGUCUACAACUCCCACCAUCGCAAAGUGGUUAAAACCAAGAUGAAAAACGACUGGAGCAGCACGCUGCAGAUGAAAUCGUACCGCGGUAUAUUUGUCGGCUGGUUAUGGAGAACGCAAACGGGCAAGAACAAUGUAGACGAGCUAGACCAGGAACAUAAGGACAAGACAUAUAUCAAGGUGAAGGAGCUAUUGCUACCGAGUGGACGUCGAGAAAAGAAGGAGAAAAACUGGACUCCCUUUGUCAAUUUCAAAGAGCGGCAGCUUUUGGGGUACGAUAGCAAUUUGUACUUUGUCUAUCAGUUCCAGGACUUGCGGAUACUAAAGUGUUCACUAGCGGAAGAAGAUGAAAAAUGUGAAUGGGAAUACGAAGUGCGAAACGUGGUAUCAAUCAGCGAGUUCCGCGGCGGCACAGAAUUGAUGAGUGUCUCGCAGUUUGUCGCCGAGAACCCCCAAGUGGGAGCUUUGCAAGGUCUACGAGACCAGCUCGAAGGCGAAGAUUCGGAGAUGUGGAUUGGCUUUGCGCGCACAGCGUUGAAAGGAUGCGGCUGCGGCGUCAAGUUUUACCGGCCAAACUUGAUCGUAUUGCUCAAAGUCGGCACCGAGUACAUCAUAUCGCACACCUCCACAAGCAUCACGUUUGACGUGCCCGUAAUCAGCUGGGACGGAAGCGAUCAACUAUGCCGGGGGAAAAACUUGAUUAUGCCCAAUGGCAUAUCGAGCUGGCAGAUAGAUAAAGAGACGAAUGACGUGUUGACGCUUACGCUUUCGCGCGCAGACACCACCGUGGAUUUCAUCUACGUCAAGGGACUUGUGCAUGAACUAUUUGGCAAUUUGAACCGCAAACUCGCGGAUUAUAACAGCGAGAUUGUUUUCGAGUCUGAGCUAGUGCAUUGCGCCAUUGCCGGAGCAUUCAAAGCUUGUGAAAGCUAUUCGAUGGAUAAGGAUUACUCUGACGCGGGCGACGCCGAAGAGUUUAUAGAUGAAAUCUAA